CGCCCGUCCAUUGUCUGCACCCUUCCCUCGACCGCACUGCGCCCACUGCCCCAUUGAACCAUAGCUUGCGCCGCUCCUGGCGACUUCUCCUUGCGCCCUCGACACCUCAGCCUCACUCCACCUCUCACCCCUGCAGCUUACUCGGCCGCGGUCACCUCCAUCACAACCUCAUCGGUUCAUCAAAUCUGUCGCAACCCUCUACAAUAAUGCCUCCCAAGCGCGCCGCUGCAGCUCUCCCCUCCAGGAAGGCCGCCGACGCCCCUGCGACCAAGGCUACAGGAAAGGCCCCAGCCAAAAAGGCCGCCACGAAUGGAGCCAAGGAAGCCGCGCCCAAAAAGGAGCCUGCCAAGCGCGGUCGGCCUGCAAAGCCUCAAGCCGAUGAGAAGGUGAAGGCUCCCGCCAAGGCAGCAAAGGCGGAUAAAAAAGCCGAGUCCGCGUCUCCUCCUCCCGCCGAGUCUCAAGAGUCGCAAACAUCCAAAGCGAGCAAGAGCAGCACCAAGUCCAAAACCACCAUGGCCAAGUCCAACAAGCGCAAGGCUUCAUCUGAGCCUGAGGCGCCUGUCGCGAAAAAGGUCAGGGCUUCGGCGCUUCUCAAGGACGAUGAAAAGAACGUCGUGCCGACGCAGCGCAUGCACAUUUACGUUUUCGGUGAGGGCAGCUCCGGCGAGCUCGGUCUCGGGACCGCAAAGAACGCAAUCGACGUCAAGCGUCCGCGCCUUAACCCGCUUCUUCCUGCCGAUAGCGUCGGCGUUGUGCGGAUCGCUGCUGGUGGCAUGCACGUCAUCGCCCUGACCCACGACAACAAGCUCCUGACGUGGGGCGUCAACGACCAGGGUUCGCUGGGCAGGGACACUGCAUGGGAAGGCGGUCUAGUGGACAUUGACGACAACAAGAGUGAUGACAGCUCAGACUCUGGCGAUGACACGGGCAUGAACCCCCGUGAGGCCACGCCCACCGCCAUCCCUGAGGAUGCUUUCCCCGAGGGCACCAAGUUUGUUGAGGUUGCUGCGGCGGACAGUGCUUCGUUUGCUUUGACCGAUGACGGUCUCGUCUACGGAUGGGGAACUUUCAGGAGCAACGAGGGAAUUUUUGGAUUUAGCAAGACUAGUGUUGUCCAAAAGACUCCCGUGCUCAUCCCGGAGCUGAAGAAAAUCAGGCACAUUGCUGCCGGCGCCAACCACAUCCUCGCCCUAGACGCAAGCGGUAACGUCUUUGCCUGGGGCAGCGGUCAGCAGAACCAGCUUGGCCGCCGCGUCGUCGAGCGCACCAAGAUCGAGGGUCUCGUCCCCCGCGAGUUUGGUCUUCCCCGGAGACAGAUUACGCAGAUUGCGUGCGGCUCGUACCACUCGUUCGCCAUGGACAAGAAGGGCAACGUGUGGGCAUGGGGCCUGAACAACUUCGGCGAGACGGGCAUCCCGGAGCACGCGGGCGAGGACGACGCGGUGAUUCUCAAGCCGGCCAAGGUAGAGAACCUGGCGGGCAAGAACAUGAAGAUGCUGUACGGCGGAGGGCACCACUCGGUGGGCGUGACGGAAGGCGGCGAAUGCCUGGUGUGGGGCCGGCUGGACGGAUUCCAGAUGGGGAUACCGAUGGAGACGCUGAAGGCGCUGCCGGAGGAGCAAGUCAAGCGCGACGAGCACGGGCGGGCGCGCAUCCUGAAGGUGCCGACGGCGGUGCCGGGCAUCGACGCCGUGUACGCGUGCUGCGGCUUCGACCACACGAUAGCGAUUACGCGCGAGGGCCGGGCGUACUCGUGGGGCUUCAGCGCAAACUACCAGACGGGCCAGGGCACCGACGACGACAUCGAGGUCGCCACGCUCAUUGAUAACACGGCCGUGCGCGAGAAGAAGCUGUGUUUUGCGGAUGCGGGCGGGCAGUACUCGAUUCUGGCGGCGCCGGCGGAGGGGGCGGCGCCCACGACGAAUGGGACGGCGUAAGAGGUUGUUUGUUUGGCGGGUGGUUUGCUUGCUUGCUGCUUGCUUGCUUGCAAGUUUGUGGACUCAGUUAGCUGAUCUCGUUAUGCCUGCCUGCAUCACUGCCUACUACCUACCAGCAACAUCACGAACCACCCACGCACGCAUUGAAGCCACCGUCGUCACCACCUUCGUCGUCGUUGCAGCAGCAGUUGUACUAGUGCGAUCUGAAUCAGAAUCAGAAUCAUCAGAAGAAAAAAGAAAGAAAGAAACAAAGCGUCCCGGAGCAAGGCAAGGCAUACAUACCUAGUGAGCGAAGCGGCAUUGUGGAGCGCGUGAGCGCGCGCGGGCAGGUCU